AUGAAGCUCCUCGGACGAUUACCACACAAAGGGGAGCUUGGAUGGGUAACGCUAAUACCGGAAGAAGCUGAAGAUAUGUGGCACCUGUACAACUUGAUUCGCGUCGGCGACUCUGUUCAGAGCAAGACAAUGCGAAAGGUGGUCAGCGAAUCGAACACCGGCUCGACGAUGGCGCAACGUGUGAUCUUGAGGCUAACCAUUGCGAUUGAGACGAUCGACUAUGAUCCGGGAGAGUCGGCCUUGCACUUGAAGGGCAAAAAUUUGGAAGAGAAUGAGCAAGUGAAAUUAGGACAAUAUCACACCCUCGACCUGGAGCCGGGCAGAAAAUUCAAAUUGACAAAGGACGAAUGGGACCUCAUGGAUAUCGAGAGACUACAAGAAGCUCUGGAUCCGGCCACACAAGCUGAUGUGGCUGCGGUUGUACUGCACGAGGGAUUGGCACAUGUCUGCUUGCUCACGCCAGCCAUGACUCUAGUCAGAGCAAAGAUUGAUAUGCAGAUCCCUCGAAAAAGAAAAGAUUACACAUCACAGCACGAGAAGGGCUUGAAACGAUUUUUUGACGCUUUAGCCGCCGCCUUCCUGAAAUAUGUUGAUUUUAAGGUGAUCAAAUGCUGUUUGAUAGCUGCUCGCGGCUUUCUGAAUCAACAAUUCUUGACACAUCUCAUCAAUUUUGCUGAUGGCCAAGGCAAGAAAUUUACCGGGGAGCAAAAGGGCAAAUUUGUAUUGGCGCACGCAUCUAGCGGCUUCAAGCAUGCCCUGAAAGAAGUACUUGAAGACCCGAAAGUUGCCGCCCGGUUGGCAGAGACAAAGGCACAAGGCGAAGUGAAAGCGUUAAAACAAUUCUUCGAUUUGAUGGCCAACGAUCCUGACCGCGCGUAUUAUGGCUACAAGCACGUAAUCAAAGCAAACGAGGAAAACGCAAUCGAAACAUUGAUGCUGGCCGACUCCCUCUUCCGGUCUCAAGAUAUCGCCACACGAAAAAAAUACAUCAAAUUGAAUGCAACCGUCCUGAUCUUCUCCUCGAUGCACGUCAGCGGCGAGCAGCUAGCAUUAUUAACAGGUUGCGCGGCAAUAUUAAGGUUCGGCAUGCCCGAGCUUGACGAUGAAGCCAUGAGCGACGACGAGCAAAAA